CAUCGGUCCCUGACACAGUACAAGAUGGUGAUGUUCAUUCACUUGGUGUUGGACAUUCUUCAGGAGCUGAAGCAGCUCAGCCUGCUGUUUCAGAGAGAUGGACUGACCUUGCAGAUGGUCUCUGAUGGACUACAAACGACAACAUUGUCACUUGUAGCCAUGCAGACAGACCCAGGCCCAAGGCUCCAGAAGGUACUGGAUGAGGUUGGACCUGGAAAGACCUGGCAGAAUGUCCAGCUCAACAGGAGGGAAACAGACAAUUCCACCUUCAACUCACUAAAGCUCAGCCUCAUUAACGACCUGUGUAGGUUUCUGUCAGCACGCUUUGGGAAUCUGGAGACAGGGAUUCUGAAGGCAACCUCCACCCUCUUUGAUCUGUCUAACUGGCCAGAAGACGCAGCUGAACUGGCGACAUUUGGCAAUGCUGAGCUCAUUGAAUUAAUGGAGCAUUUCCAAUCCAUCCUUGCAGAAUGCGGGGACUUUACUUCUGGAGAGGCAGCUAAGAGAGAGUGGCUUGACCUGAAAGUCCUCGUACAGCGUCACUACAGGCACAUUGAACCCCAGGUGCUGUGGCAGAGGCUACUUACAGGUGCUAUUGGAAGGGAAGACCAGUUUAAGCAAAUGAAGGUCAUAGUGGAGAUCACACAAGUGCUCCCCAUGAGUUCAUCUUGCUGCGAGCGUGGAUUCUCCAGCAUGAAGAGAAUUAAGUCAGACUGGAGGUCUUGCUUGUCUAACGAGAUGCUUAGCUUCCUCCUGCACAUCUCAGUUCAUGGCCCUCCUGCACAGCAAUUCAAUGCAGAGAAAGCGGUCACCAAGUGGUGGAGUAGUGGCUGCAGGACCAGAAGGCCCCAGUUCCAAGACUAAUUAAUAUGUCAAGGUCUCCUGACUGUGUUACAGUCAUCCUGGUUAC